GCAAUGCAAGUUUCAGAAAGGUCCAAACCAUAGACUUUGCGUUCUGGACUAGCCAAUAAAUAACAAUCAUAACCUUGACCGCAUCCUGGUACUAAAACAUUGCCUUUGGUGGGGAUUGACUGGGCCUGUUCUUUCAAUAAUUGAACAAGAGCUUGGCUGCUUUCACCAUGGUCCCAGGGGGUGUCUUUCUCUUGCCACCUCUUUUCCCAAUCCGUUGCUAAAACGGCAAGACAUACUGGGCAAUUUCAGUGUGGAGCCGGGGGAGGGCCAAAUAAAAGAAACACGGGUGACAUCGUCACGUUAGAUGCGGAUACCCUCAAAAGGUACUGGAAAACCAGAUGAGGAAUGGAUGACUCGGGGGGAACGGAAGGUAGCGUUCCGGCAAAGGAAAACCCGACCAAAUAUUUUGGAAGCGAUUUUGGCCUCGGGAAUGGCACCGGUGGAGUCUACGAAAUGGGAUCUAGUAUGUUUGCUGGGUGCUUCGCUUGAAGCUUUUCAUUUCCUUUUCACUCCGUCAAGCCUCUCUUUUUCCUUUUUCCUUUUUCCUUUCUUUUCCUCUCUUUUUCUUCUCGUCCCACUUUCCGUCAUGAUCCCAGAUGCUACGCCUACCAGAAAGAGACUCAAGGCACUGAGUGCAUGUAGCGAGUGUCGUCGUAAGAAAACAAAAUGCAACAGUGAGAAACCGUGCCGAAGUUGUGAGAAAGCCAAUGUACCAUGCGAAUACCCAACACCGCUUUCUGGCAGUAACGAAGACAAACGCAGCUCAACAUCGUCUUCAUCCAAAGCAGCUGUGGAAGCUAUUGAAGAUCGCUUAAGAUCCAUUGAAGUCAUGUUAAAUACACUUUUGAAAGGAGGCCAAGGAGUUGCAGAUGUAGACAAGGAUGCGUUAAUACAGUUUUUGCAAAAGGAGACGUCCAGUUUACGACCCAAUCUUUUGAAAACCUAUUCUCAACACGCGGCAAAUUGGGAUUCCAACCAAGUAACAACAACACCCAUGGAUCGAUCCAGUCCAGUGCAAGCCAGCGUCGAUUAUGAUAUGGAAGGGAGUGGUUCAAGUCAGCAGCAGCAGCCACCACGACUGCCAUCUAUAUCUGAGCUUGACAAAGGCUGUUCUGAUUCACAGACAGACGCUUCAUCUCGGUCGCACAUCUCUAGACCAUUGUCGUACGAAGCUCCAAUUCCAGAUUCAGCUACAGAAGACCGCUUUCAGCUACCUCACUUGUCGGUUCAAGAAUACCUAUAUGGAAUCUAUUUUGACUUGGUUCAUCCAUUGUGCCCCGUUCUGGACCGAUACCAGUUUUCUCAAUCUACCCUGGCAUUGCCUACGACCUUGGAUGAAACGAAUAUCGAUAUGUGUCUUGAUUUUAUGCAGACCUAUGCGGUCCUGUCCUGUGCGGCUGAGGUGGCACCAAGCUCUGUCCUUGUACCUACCGUCGGCACAUCGGAAAUGCCAGGCUCACAAAUGGAUCCUAUAACGGCAGGUGGCUACUUUUUUGAGUGUGCUACAAAGUUGUUGGACCGUCACGAAUCCGUUACUCACCCCACGGUAGUCGCCACCUUGUGCUUACUUGUAUUACACUAUGGUCGAGGCGAUACACGCCAGAUUGACAAAACUUGUUCGUAUGUCACGCGCUUGAAUGAUAUGGCGAUGCGUUUGUCUUUGCACAUGACUCCUACCGAAAACAGCUCCACCUCUUUCCGACAACGUUGUUUGUUUUGGACGGUUUUCACUCAUGAUCGAAUGGCUAAUCUAUUAUAUGGUCGAGCCAUGUCCAUAGAAGAAGAGAAUAUUUUCGUCGACUUGAGUGAUGCGUCUGCCGAAGAUUCGCCACCGGAUAUGCAGUUGUUUGUAGAGUAUGUAAAAUUGGCCAGAAUGUUGGGAAGAAUUAUGCGGCACAGUCACAACCCUUGGCAGUUAUCGAACAUUGACCGCGCACUUCAUCAUUGGUUGCGAGCUCUGCCGAAAUCUCUAUUAUUAUCAUCAAAUGAUAUAUCACAAGUUCCCAUUCCGGUACGAACAAUGCAUUUAUUAUUUCACAUUAGUGUGUUAGCACUGCAUAAGCCUCACCAUGUUUUGGAGGCAAGAAAACCAUCGCCGGCCACCUCUUUAUCGGCAAGCACAAUUUUUGGAGCGUUGAAUAUAAGUGAUGCAGUGGCAUCACCACCAACUCGAACGCCAUCUCCACCAUCGGCAGGUCUAGGUAAUAUUCCGAUCUCGACUAUUCAAGCAAUAUUAGCCAUUGGCGACAGCUUUGCGGACCCUAGACAGCGCCACCUUAUGAACACCCAUAAGCUACUGCACCAUGCUUUAGUAUGGUUAGCCAAGUCACAGUUGGACAAGUUACAACAGCAUGAAAACGGCAUUCGGACUGUGGACGGAGAUCAAUGGUUAAUCAAAUGUUUGGAUCUUCUGAAAUUGGUGAGUUUUCGACCGGAUAGCGAAUUGGCUCGGUCGGUAUGGGAAAUCGAAAAGCAAUGUCACACUUUAAGGCAAAAGGCUACACGGCCGGAAGGAAAACGGUCGUAUGAAGCUAUUGAUAGCAGUCUUGAUCAGCCACCAACGCCGCAGCGAACGCACAGUCCUGAUGAUCGAAAAAACAUUGCCACCACUGUCAAUACCACCAGCGCUACUCCACAGCUGCUAGUGUCUCAAAGGACUCUUCCCACCGCCACAUUCAGUACAGUGAUAAAGAAUGCUCUCAACAACGAAGAACCAAAAACAUUUGAUUUCGUACCUCUAAUACCGAGAAACGGCGAGCUUUGGGAAAAUCGGCAGUCCAUAUCAAAGUUCAUACAUUAUACAGCCGACUCGAAUCAUAAAACUUCAGAAGAUGACCUUAUGCAUGGUCAAUAUCCACGAGGUUCGCCACGUAGCAUUUUCCAAACAACUUCUCCUGAGCAUACCCUCAAAUCGGUGACGUCAAUGCCAUCGCUUCAUGAGAGUAACCGAUAUUCACGAAAUGUCAGGUCUUAUUCCAGACCACCGAAUAGUACCUCCACGCAACUGUGGGAACUGGCAGCUGCAGCGGCAGCGGCAUCAGAGAGGUGAAGGAUUCAGUGGUGGAAGGAAGUGCAGUGCUUACAAACCUUCCCCCCCUUGUGAGUUGGGAAAAAGUCCGUCCGCCCAAUUCACCCCCACUUUAGAGCAAAGGUGUACAUGACAGCCUCGUAUUAUAUUCACAAAUACAUAAAUUUAAAUGUGUGUAUACUUUCAAAAACCCGAAUGUACGGUAGC